GUUAAGGUGUAUCUUCAUAAAUCAACGGACGAGACAAAGAAUUGCGCAGCGGAGCGAUCCGACCCACGAGGACAACACCCAGAUGGGCCUCUUGCUUCCUUGAAGCCGAUAGAACACGGUCACAAUGCGGCGAUUUGAUGGCACCUGGAAUGCAUGCAGCACGUCCAUCCUUUGUAGGAAGAGUACGGGUGGUCACGACGUCUCGCCCGAUUUCUUGAUGGCAGAGGUGCAGGGCAUGCAGACUACACUGAAGGAGCCGAGCCGGUUCGCUGCAUUGCGCACACUGAGUUUGGGGUCCUGAGAUACACAGGAGGGUUCGAAAUAAAUAUGUAAUUUGCUGAUCAA